AUGCAGCAAAAUAACAGUGUAAUGGAGUUCAUACUGUCAGGAUUGACUCAAGAUCCUAAGAGACAGAAAAUGGUAUUUGUAAUCUUCAUUUUCUAUGUAGGAACAUUGAUGGGUCAUUUGCUUGUUAUUACGACCAUAAAAUUCAGCUGUACACUUGGGAGCCCCAUGUACUUUUUCCUAUUUUAUUUGUCUUUGGUUGAUACCUGCUUUUCAACUUCAGUAGCCCCGAGAUUAAUUGUGGAUGCCCUGUUUGCAAAGAAAAGCAUAUUUUACAAUGAGUGCCUGACUCAAGUCUUUGCACUGUAUUUAUAUGGAUGCAUGGAGAUCUUUGUCCUGGUCCUCAUGGCCAUGAAUCGGUAUGUGGCUAUCUGUAAGCCCUUGAAUUACGCAACCAUCAUGAGCCGGCAAGUCUGCAUUAUCCUGAUUGUUCUUGUAUGGAUAGGGUCUUUUACACAUUCUGUGGCUCAGAUUAUUCUGGCCUUGAGAUUGCCCUUCUGCGGAUCCAAUUUGAUUGAUCACUAUUGCUGUGAUAUGCAGCCACUGUUGAAACUUGCCUGCAUGGAUAUUUAUGUGAUGAACUUACUGAUGGUGAUUAAUAGUGCACUUUGUGCAAGCAAUUUUAUUAUUCUGAUGAUCUCUUACAUUGUUAUCUUGCAUUCGCUGUGGAACCACAGUGCAAAAGAGAGGAAAAAGCCCCUCUCCACCUGCACUUCCCAUGUUAUUGUAGUUGUCUUAUCAUUUGGUUCAUGUAUAUUUAUAUAUACUCAGCCCCCAACCACAUUCCCCAUGGACAAAAUGUUGGAAGUAUUUUACAUGAUUGGAACACCCUUCCUCAAUCCACUCAUCUACACAUUGAGGAAUGCAGAAGUGAAAAAUGCCAUGAGAAAGUUAUGGCAUGUCAGAAUUACCUCAGAAAGCAAAAGAUGA